AUGGAGGGCCUCUUCGAGGAAUUUCGGAAUGCCUAUAAGGCCAGAUCGGGUUAUGCACUCGCACAAACUCUCCAGCCUUUCAGUCCUGUCAACAAGCCGGACAAGCUUCGCUCUAUUUGGUUGAGCACCAACGUCCAAGAAGUCAAAGGCGACGUCAAGUACAUGCUCCUGGGUCGGUCGUCGGGGUCUAAGAAAUUCAAGCUCGACUACGAGGAGACAACUGGCUGGGUUGAGGUGUACUCGGCCUACUGGAAAGCCGUGGGCGAGAUUCUCAAGGCGGAGGGCGACUCCAGUGCUGGAGGUAGGUCGUCAUCAUGGACCAAGGUAUAUGAGGCUUGGAAAGAGGUCACAACUGCCCUCAUCCGUGGGUACACGAACUAUGGGUUCGAAGCCUGGACGAUACCGUGCCUGUACACGGCGGGCAAGCACUUGCGGCUUUUCGCCAUUAGCUCCGACGAGGAGCGCAAUACCAGCGAUGCUAGUGCCAACGCCAUGGAGCUGGGUGAUGACUUCGAUCCAGACUUGGAGAAGCAGAAACAACUCCGUGACUGCGAACAGCAGUUGAAGCGCAUAUUUACACUAUGCUUGAGUGACCGAGCACCUCUCGAAGACUCAAGGAAAUGGGCAAUCUACUACAUCAUUAAUCUCCUCUUCAAGACAUACUUCAAGCUCAACUCUGCCAGUCUCAGCAGAACGAUUCUCAAGGCAUUGUCAACAAAUCGUGGCGACAUGCCACCCUUGGAGGCUUUCCCAAAGUCACAACGUGUUACCUUCAAGUUCUACGAGGGUGUCUUAUUCUUCCUGGAAGAGAACUACGUUGAGGCCGAAAAGCAUCUCACCGAAGCGUGGUCCCUGUGCCACAAGGACGCAAAGAGCAAUCAAGAGCGAGUCACCCAGGCCCUCUUUGACCAACUACUCGCUAAUAUCCAUUGCAGAAGAAUUCUCACUUAUCUGAUACCUUGCCAUCUCCUCACAACGCACACGCUGCCAAGUAGCAAACUCCUCGAGCCCUUCCCUCGGCUGCAGAAGCUCUUCAUGCCCCUGGCCCGCUGCAUCCGCAAAGGCGACCUCCGCAACUUCGACCUGGCUCUUCAAGAGGGCGAGGAAGAGUUCGUCCGCCGCCGCAUCUACCUGACCCUCGAGCGCGGCCGCGACAUCGCCCUGCGCAACCUCCUCCGCAAAGUCUUCAUCGCCGGCGGCUUCGAGGAGGCCAAGGAGGGCGCCGACCCCAUCCGCCGGACCAGAAUCCCCGUCGCCGAAUUCGCAGCUGCGAUCAGUCUCGGUAGUCAGGAGACUGUCGACCCGGAUGAGGUCGAGUGCCUACUGGCAAACAUGAUUUACAAGAACCUCAUGAAGGGCUACAUCGCCCGAGAGCGCGGCAUCGUUGUCCUGUCCAAGAACGGGGCUUUCCCCGGAACAGGGGUCUAG